UUAUUUCAAAGAAGAAAUAUUUUUCUUCACCGGGGAAGAUCCUGACAAAGCGGCUCUGGUCCAAAUUUACAAAAUACAAAGAACCUUACAACAACGAUGUAUGCAAGGACUAACACCGGCAGCUCACAUGGAGAUUUUCCUGACAGAAAUGGAGUGAAUUAUGUGACAUCGACAGAGUCUUUCGGCCAUUGCUCGCAAUUGUUCUGGAAAAAGGAUCCACACGACUCGAGUUCAACCAUCAACUGGUGUGAUCAGCUCCCUUCAUCGUCAGCUGCGAUCUCAAGCUCCAGUCUCUCUUCAGCCUCUCUGUCCAGUUCCAGUCUCUCCUUAGAAUCCAGAGCACCAAUACCAGCAACAUCCGCAUCAGAUGACAUGGAUUCAGAUGAGAGGCCGUAUGUCUGUGACUUGUGCAGCUGCGCAUACAAACAUGCCAGCUCCUUGCUCAACCACAAGCUCACUCACAAGACUGGAGACUUCAGAUGCGACUUUUGCAGCAAGCCCUACACCAACUACAUGUCUUUGCGUAACCAUAUGCGAAUCCAUGGUCAGAAGCGCUACAUGUGUGAUCGUUGUGGGAAGGCCUUUCGAUUGGCACGGUAUCUCCGCAACCACCAAAGGAUCCAUGAUGAUGGGCCAAACCGCUUCGACUGUCCUUCUUGCUCCAAGAGUUACAGGACAAUGCUAGAGCUGGCUCAACACCGUUGUAGUGCUGCAACACCCAACCAGUCUGGCAGUCGUCGUUCAAAUUUCUCUGCCACACCUCGCCGUCAGCAGCAGCGGCAACAGCAGCAGAACAAUACUACCUCCAUAAUGCAAUCGCAGCAUGGAGGACACAAUCAACAGGAACCUCUGUCCUCUCACUGCGUUUCUCCUAUUUCCCAGGGAGGACAGGGUGGUGGUUUGGCCAGCCAGUCUGUCCCUGACCCCCACCAGGUAGGGAAAACAUACCAGGGUCGGGCCAGCACUGUGUCGUCCCAGAGCAGCCAGCCAAAUAUGAGGAGUUCAACCUCCUCCAAACACAUCUCCUCCAGCACUACGGCAACAUCCUCCUACUCUCUUCUCCAGCCCCUGGUGCCUGAGGUAAAGGAGAUGAGCUUGGGAUACACUAGGCUGAGCACCAAUCUCAUGCCAAAGCACCAGGACACUUUCUCUCUGACCCCUCAGCGGGCCCUCACCACUAUCAACACCAUUGGCCAUGGCCACUCCCUCCAUCCAAAUGGAGCAACAACACUCAAGCCUUCGCCUGUGCCACGUACCAUCCAGGCUAUGCCCUGGGAGCAGCGCUCACUCUACAAUCAAUAAAAUUUCAGGAACCAGUGUCCCUCCUCAUAGCUCAUCCACCAAAACCGUCACUCUUCUUCCCCUCUACUUUUCCACUUCCAGCAGUAAGAAUUGAGGACAUCAACCAAUGUUUAGAUGCCGGAGUGAGCUCCUUUUGGGACAUGUGUGUGGGAAUGGAAAACUGCCAACAUUAUGAAGUUGGUGAGAUAAUUACUGAAUAGUUGUUUUUUUUAUAUAUUUUUUACAUCUUGCCCCUAAUGUAUGAUCCAUACUGGUCAUAAGUUAACAAUCUCCCCUCCUUCCUCUCCUUCUUUCCUCAUGAAAAAUUCUAUAUGCUUAACCUAAUUCUAUUGAAUUUCUUUUUAUAGAAACAUUUCAACCCUAAAUUUCAAGAUUAAGUAGGUUAACAAAUGUUCCUAUGUUUUCUUUCUUAAUGAGACUUAUGCAAUUGGAAAAAUGUUACUGAACCCUCUUUUCACUCCACUUCUUGCCACUAUGUACAUUCUGCGUAUCAGGACUACUUGAUAAAGUACACAUUCUCUUAAGCCUUACCUAUAGAUAAACAUUGAGGAACUCCUGUUGUUUCAAGUAUAGCUUCCAGACGAAGAUACUCACACUACAGCCCUUUAUUAAGUCUUCUUUAAUACAAAUUGUAAAUUUGUUUCAAAAAGAUGCCAGCAUUAUCAAGUCAAAUUUGCCUAGUGACUUGUACCUAAAAUCCAAAAGAGUAUGUGUUACCUUUCAAAUAAAGCACUGUAAGACGAGGUUUUACUUGUUACACUUAUGUGUUAAACAUUGUACUUUUCCAGCCCAUGUACCAGCUAGUAUGUUAUUGUGACUGUGCACUUGAGCCAGUUUGUGCCCACAUAAUUGCAUUUGGAAGUUACACACAGAAAAUUGUUUGUCUGUAGCUCAGGACCCACACACUGCCCCCAAAAGACUUUUUACUUGUACAAAAAUCACCAGGGUAGAGAUUAAUUUAGCAAAUAAAAUAAUUCCAGAUACAUCUGUAGUUGGAUGCGACGGCCAUGAGAUCCAGGUCAGUUUGCGAAAGUUUCAUUAUGGCUCCUGUAUGUAGCUGUUAUAUUUCUGUUGAAAUAUCCAAAAUCCUACUGACAUUAUUUUUUUUCUUUUUAAAGUUAUUUGUAUUUUUUAUUCAUCAUGUCAUUGUUUGAUGUUUUCUCUUUCCUUGUUAAGUGUCUUGAGUAUUUAGAAAAUAACUAUACAAAUAAAAUGUUUUAUCACCA